AUGCCGAAGCUCGAGAGGAAGCGCGCAGCGCGAUCCAUGUCGGAGGAGGAUGGCGACGACAACGUCCAGGUCAAGAAGAAAGCCAAGGCGACGUCUGUCGCGAGCUCCGGUGGCGUUGCGAGCGGCAAGGACAACGAGGGCAACCCCUUCUGGGAGCUCUCUCGCAUGCGCCGCGUCGGCGUCUCCAAGUUCAGGAACAACACACUCAUCAACAUCCGCGAGUACUACGAGAACGACGGCGAGCUGAAGCCCGGCAAGAAGGGCAUCUCCCUCUCCAUCGAACAGUAUAAGGCGCUGCUCAAGGCCAUCCCCGCCAUCAACGCGGAGCUGCGCAGCCAGGGCCAGCCGGUCGACGACGUCGCCGCCGGAGAGGAGGGAGCCGAGGCCGCCGAGAAGCUGCCCAAGAAGAAAAAGGCAAAGUCGCCCGUCAAGAAGGCCAACAUCGAGGCCACUAGUGAUGAGGACUCGGAGUGA